ACCGUAGGGCGAAUGAUUCACCUGCUGUCGUGUUAAUCAGACCGGUAUGCGAACAGGUGGCCUGAGUCUUAUCAACCGCUCUUUGCCGAUCUGACUUACCUGACAUGACUGAGGUGCCCGUGGUAUCUGUUAUUUUGAUUAGGUAACUAUUCGUUGUCGCUCUUCUUAACUAAAUCGUCGAAUUGGUUGCACCAAAUAGUGAGUGUGAUCAUUGCUUCGUCUCCGCAUGCGUGAGGUUGGUCUUCAAUUAUGACAGAUGCCAUGGAUGUGCAAGAAGCCAGUGGAGGGGGCGUGUCUGCUGGGGUUCGUUGUCGCGACCUGAGCACAGUGCAUGAACCGCUGGGAGGGCUUUUCAAGCCCGUGAAGGAGCCAGCAGACUGGCGCCACUUCAAACUGAGCCAGGAGCAGGUGGAUCAAUUCUGGCGAGAUGGUUACCUGACCAACAUCCCCGUGCUGUCAGAGGAGCAGUGCGACAAGAUCCUGUUGGACUAUCAGAGACUCAUUGAGGACAAUGACAGGUUUCCUGGCAUCGAUAUGAUGUACGAGUUCCACUGCAAUCAGACCAACGAUCCACACAAUGUUCUCCUUCACUGCCUCGGUCACUGGAGACUGACACCCAGUUUUCACGAUGUCUGCUUCAUCCCAAGCAUCGCGGUGCCUGCUUCACAGCUGUUGGAUCCACACCAGGAGCGAAGAGUGCGACUAUGGCAUGACCAACUGUUUGGAAAACCUCCACACUACGGAGGAAAUGUGGCUUGGCACCAGGAUUAUUCCUAUUGGACUCGCACCACGCCCAUGGCUCACUUGACGAUCCACAUAGCUUUAGAUGCACAGACACUGGACAAUGGAGGAUUGCAAUAUAUCCCAGGAUCACACAGGUGGACUAGAGACGGUGCCCCUCUACCAGUGACUGACUUCAACUUCAAGGAUAUGGAGUCCAUUCAGACAAUCUUGACCGAGGACGAGAAGGUUGCAUUCAAGCCGGUCCAUGCUCUGCUGAAGAAAGGAGAGGCGAGCCUCCAUCACCCGCUGACAGUGCACGGAUCCAAGCCAAACAGAUCAGAGUAUUCUCGCCGCGCUUGCGUCGUGAACUACAUCGCCGAUGGAGUGUGUAGUAACACAGAUGAGCCAUUACUGGAGGGGACCAACUUGAUUAAAAAGGGAGACAAGAUGGAAGGGCAGUUCUACCCUCUGAUCUACGAUCCUGCAUGGUCCCGGGGUUAGAGACUUUGUGAGCUGCAUUCAGUCCCUGCCAUGGAUACAGUACUCGGGCGUGCAACUGUUUGUUGGAUCAGCUGAUUUCCGCAUUUGUCACUUCACACUCGCGGCCAAACAAAAUCUUGUAAAGAUUGGAAUUUCCUCAUUGUGGGUCAAAGUCCAAGUUGCAUGCCUGAGUACUGUGCAGCUCUUUGAAAUGAGUUUCAUCGAAUGGAUGACAGAGCAUUUCAGCAGACUGUAACCUCCCUCGUACUGAGUGUCAUGUGGUCAGAUGCAGAGCUGACAUGUACACUGCCUUUGAAAGUUAACACUGAGAAGCGGAGUGGGAAAUGUUGUGGAAGGAAUUUACUUUUGCAUUCACGCUUGCAUUUUACAAGGCUCAAGAAUGUUUUCCCACUUGUGUGAACGGUGUGCAAAUGUGUGAAAGCCUUCUCCCACUUGUGUGAAAAACUACAAUUCUUUCCCCAAUUGUGGGAAAAUCUGUGAAAAUCUCUCCCAACUUCUGGAAAAUCUUCCGGGAAAAGUUUUUCAGUUUGUGGCAUGAAAAUGAAUUUCCUGGGAAGGAAAAAGAACUUUGGAGAGAAUAUCCCACUGCCACUUUAACUAGACAAUUUUAACCGCAAGAGGCUUAUUGUUGAAAGCUCUCUGCUUUUGUUUUAAAACAAAGAAAAGUAAGUUCUUUGUAAUUAGUCCCAGUAUAAAGAUUCACAUUUCUGUAUUGAAAAAUAAUCCCCUCCCAGCUACCAUGUCUACCUAAAUCUUACAGUAAUUCCAAACUGUUUUGAUUGAUCUGAGAAAACUAAGCAUUCCCUAGAUGUCAGGAGUUGCAUUAAACAUGCAACACUUUAUCCCUAACCCCCUAGGCCUUUUUAUUAAGAACCAUCCUGAAUCCUCCGAAAUCCUCCGAUUUUCAACAUG